AUGCCACAGGUGCCAAGGCUCUUGAAUAGGGCCAUUGGCGAAACUACAAAGUUUCUGAGAAAUAAACUGCCCAUUAGAACGCUUGCUACGGCAGCUGCAGAGCUUCCAAAGGUCGAUGAUCAAAGCUCUUCUUCGGUCAGGGUUAGCGACAAGAUUCUAAACUGGUCCAAGGAAGCCAUAGAGCAAGGAAAACCGCAUUUCAGAGUUGGUGAAAAGCAGCUCUUUUUUCCCAAGGCAAGAGUGAUUUUACUCAGACCAGGUGCGAAACACACGCCUUACCAGGCAAAAUUCAUAGUUCCAAAGUCGUUCAACAAACUCGACCUUCGAGACUAUCUGUACAACCUAUAUGGCCUGCGAGCCCUGAAUAUCACUACACAGCUGCUGCACGGCAAGUACACACGCGUGAAUCAGGUUAUGCCCCGUUACAGAACAGCCCAGAUCAAGAAAAUGACCAUCGACAUGGCAGAACCCUUCAUCUGGCCUGAUGAACCUGAGAACAAGGAUCCAUGGGGUGCUUCGUUGGUCGAAGAUCUCAAUAAAUACCGCGAAGAGCAAACAAGAAUAGGGUCCGAUAAGUUAAAGCCCGGUACGGCGUUCGAUGGCGCCUUGGGCCCAUAUCAACCCGGUGCCCAGCCUUUCGUGCCCAAGUUUUUGAAGAGAAGACUGAUAAACCAAAGCGCGAAAGCGAAACUGAAGACAACCCGCCUAGAGAAGAUCUCCAAGGUAGACUCUUUGGUACACAAAAUGGGCCAAUGA